AUGUCUGUUGUCAACAGCACAAAAUUCAGUCAUCUCACAUUCAUCCUCCUCGGCAUCCCGGGCCUGGAGGACUGGAACACCUGGAUCGCCAUCCCCUUCUGUUUGAUGCUCAUGGCUGCUCUUUUAGGGAACUGUGUUCUAAUAUUCCUUAUUGCAACAAAGCGCAGCCUCCAGGAACCCAUGUACCUUUUCCUCUCCAUGUUGGCAGUCAGCGAUUUAGUCUCAUCUACUUCUACAGUGCCGAAAAUGCUGGCCAUCUUCUGGUUUAGGGCCAGGGAAAUUGCUUUCGAGUCCUGCCUCACCCAGAUGUUUUUUAUUCACUUUGGGUUUGUUGCCAAGUCGGCCAUCCUGCUGGCCAUGGUGUUUGAUCGGUAUGUAGCCAUCUGCGACCCCCUGAGAUACACGACUAUCCUCACCAAUGUGAAGGUUGGGAAAAUAUCCAUAGCCAUAGUCAUCAGAAGCUUUUGUAUAAUUGUACCCAUUUUUUUUCUGCUCAAAUGGCUGCCCUUCUGCAGAAGCAAUGUCCUACCACACUCAUACUGCAAGCACAUAGAGGUGGCCAGACUGGCCUAUGCAGACAUAACUGUCAGUAUCUGGUAUGGCUUUGCAGUGCCAACUGUAACCAUUGUACUAGACGUUGUGUUUAUUGGGGUGUCUUGUGUGCUGAUCCUCAAGGCUGUCAUCAGGCUCCCCACCAAAGGUGCCUGGCUCAAAGCUUUUAGUACCUGUGGGUCCCACGUCUGUAUCAUCAUCUUAUUUUAUACCCCAGCAUUUUUCACUCUCAGCUUUAGCCAUCAUGUCCCUCAUCACAUUCACAUCCUGCUGGCUGAUCUCUACAUGCUCAUCCCCCCUGUGCUAAACCCUAUUGUUUACGGGAUGAAAACUAAGCAGAUUCGGGUACAAGUGGGCUGCAUGUUCUCGCAGAAGUGGAAAUGGUGCUGA